AUGGAAGAAGUCAAAGCUCCUACUUUUCCCGAUUCAGUUACAAGUGGAGACGUCAAAUUAAUAAAGAAAGAAGGUGAUGCUGUCGCGAUGGACGAAGUGGUUCUGGAGAUAGAAACAGACAAGACUGCGCUGCCGGUGAUGUCGCCGGGCCACGGCAAGAUCGCUAAGAUGUUGGUCAAAGACGGCCAGGCGGUGAAAUCACAGCAGCCGUUGUUUACGGUUGAUGUAACUGGAGUCGCGCCAGCAGCGGCUCCGGCGGCAGCAGCGGCACCUGCUUCCGCCCCCAAGCCUGCUGCUGCCGCUCCAGCACCUGCUGCUGCCGCUCCAGCACCCGCUGCUGCCGCCCUCGCACCUGCCACUGCCGCCCCGGCGCCGGCUGCGAAGAAACCAGAGGUCGUAAAGAAAUCCGCCGCAUCUGCUGGACCUACGUUAACGGCGAUGAAAAUUGGUGAUCCCACCAAGACAAUAUCCGGCACACGCACCGAGCACCCAGUACAGAUGAACAGAAUGCGCAAACGUAUAGCGGAGCGGCUGAAGGAGGCGCAAAACACCACUGCCAUGUUGACGACGUUCAAUGAAUGCGAUAUGAGCAAACUCAUGGCGUUCCGCAAAGCGAAUCUCGAAACGUUCACGAAGAAAUACGGCGUCAAAUUAUCUUUCAUGUCGCCAUUUUUAAAAGCGUCGGCCAAUGCACUCAUGGAUCAGCCGGUCAUCAACGGCGUUAUAAUGGGCGAUAACAUUAUUUACAGGGAUUACGUGGACAUAUCAGUAGCGGUGGCCACGCCAAGAGGACUGGUGACCCCCGUAGUUCGGAAUGUGGAAUCCAUGGAUUUCCCCCGUAUCGAGCUCUCCGUAGCCGCACUCGCUGAAAAGGCAAGAAACGGGCGGCUGACGCCGGGCGACAUGCAGGGCGGCACGUUCACCGUCAGCAACGGCGGCGUGUUCGGCUCGCUGCUCUCCAUGCCUAUCAUCAACAUGCCGCAGUCUGCGAUACUGGGCAUGCACGCGAUUGUGCAGCGACCCGUCGCCGUUGCGGGCAAGGUGGAAAUAAGACCAAUGAUGUACUUGGCUCUGUCAUACGACCACCGGUUGAUAGACGGCCGUGAAGCAGUGAUGUUUCUGCGAAAAGUUAAAUCCGGUGUAGAAGAUCCCACGUCGAUUCUAGCUGGAAUUUAAUUGAAACCAGGCAUACAUGGACGAGAAAUUGCCUGACACCUAUGUGACAUUCUUUUAGAGUCUGCCUGUGAGGCAGAUGCGAGACUGACGUGACGAAAUCGCUUUUAAAGUGAUAACUUCUUAUGGGACCGCUUCGUAACGUAACGCGUUACGGUGCCACUCUGUCUGGCUUCCCUUUCUCUCACGCAUACGACAGCAUAUACAGCUUUGUAUUUUUCUGGACAGGCGAUAAAUUUAUAACACUCAAUAGCAUUUUCUGGCUUAUAAUAAUAGUAGAUUGUUAUACAAGGGGCUAAAAAGACCCAUUAUAUACGAGGUAUUUUGAG